GGCAUCGAAGAGAAAACUGACCUACUCGAUAAAAGAUACAGAGAUUGUCAAGAGAUGCUGAGACAGAACAAAGACCUGAUGAACCAGAACGGAGUAUAUACAAUUUAUCUUGGAUGUAACAUACCACGGAAGGUCUUCUGUGACAUGACAACCAAUGGUGGGGAAUGGACGGUAAUGCAGAGAAGAUUUGAUGGAUCAACAGAUUUCAAUAGAGAGUGGAAAGAUUACAAGGAAGGUUUUGGAGAUCCAAGUAAAGAAUACUGGUUAGGGAAUGACGCAAUCCACGAUCUUACCGAUAGAAGAGAACAAGAACUGUGGAUAGACUUGGGAAAAUUUUCUGGUUCAUACGUGUAUGCUCGAUAUUCAAACUUCUCAGUCAGGAAUGAGAAAGAAAAAUACCAGCUGGCUAUUGCAGGGUACAGCGGAAAUGCAGGUAACAGCCUGUUUAUUGCGUUUAUCGUUAAAUAA